AUGGCAGUCAGUUUGCUAAGGUCACUUGUGUCUCCACUAAAAGUCUGCGGGCGUCAAGCAGGAGUUGUGUUUCCUGCAAUUAAGAUAAAUAAUGUCAGGGACUUCAGUACAUCACAACGGAGGAGUGCAGUUUUUUGUGCGAAUGCAUCAGACGCAGUUAAAGACAUCAAUGAUGGAUCAAAAUUGCUGGUUGGAGGUUUUGGAUUAUGUGGAAUCCCAGAAAAUCUUAUUAGUGCAUUACUAGAUACCAAAGUGAAAGACUUAACUGUGGUCAGCAACAAUGCUGGGGUGGAUGACUUUGGCCUUGGACUAUUGCUGAAGCAGGGCCAGAUCAGGCGAAUGAUAUCAUCCUACGUGGGUGAGAAUGCAGAGUUUGAGAGACAGUACUUAUCUGGAGAACUGGAAGUGGAACUCACACCACAGGGAACUCUAGCUGAGAGAAUUAGAGCAGGAGGGGCAGGCAUCCCCGCCUUCUUCACACCCACUGGCUAUGGAACAUUGAUAGAGGCAGGAGGGGCUCCUAUCAAAUAUGAUGGCAAGGGAGAUGUUGCUUUGGCCAGUAGCUCAAGGGAGGUCCGAGAGUUUGCUGGAAUUCCACACAUAUUGGAGGAAUCUAUCACUGGAGACUUCGCCCUAAUCAAGGCGUGGAAAGCUGAUAAGGCUGGAAACCUCACAUUUAGAAAGACUGCUCGUAACUUUAACCCGCCAAUGUGUAAGGCGGGGAAGGUGACGAUUGCUGAAGUAGAGGAGAUUGUAGAGGUAGGAGAGAUCCCUCCGGAGGAUGUCCAUGUACCUCAUGUCUAUGUCCAGCGCGUCAUCUUAGGGCCUAGCUACGAAAAAAGAAUUGAGCGUUUGCGCCUCACCAAACCUAAGAGUGCUAACUUUGAGAAGAGUCCAGCUGAUAUUAUACGAGAGAGAAUUGUACGCAGAGCUGCCCUUGAAUUCAAAGAUGGCAUGUAUGCAAACCUUGGAAUUGGUAUGCCAAUGUUGGCAAGUAACUAUAUACAGGGAAUUACGGUACACCUGCAGAGUGAGAACGGUAUCCUUGGACUGGGUGCUUUUCCAACAGAAGAACAGGUGGACCCUGAUCUCAUUAAUGCUGGGAAAGAAACAGUCACCAGUAUUCCUGGCAGUUCCUACUUUUCCAGCGAUGAGUCUUUUGCCAUGAUUCGAGGCGGCCACAUCAAUAUCACUAUUCUAGGAGCUAUGCAGGUAUCACAAUAUGGAGAUCUGGCCAACUGGAUGAUCCCAGGUAAGAUGGUGAAAGGUAUGGGAGGAGCUAUGGAUUUGGUAUCCAGUAAGGACACUAAAGUCAUCGUAACCAUGGAACACACAGCUAAGGGAGGAAAGCACAAGAUUCUCGCCGAUUGUACCCUACCUCUAACAGGCAAGGGGUGUGUCAACACGAUCAUCACAGAAAUGGGUGUGUUUGAGAUUGACCCAUAUGAAGGACUGACCCUAACAGAGAAAGCUGAGGAUGUUCUCCUGGAGGAUAUUGUGGAAUUUACUGGUGCAGAUUUUAAGGUUGCUUCAGAUUUAAAAACGAUGGGACAGAUAGAGCAACCAUGCUGAAAGCUGUAUUGUGAUAUUACAUGUCAAAGUGUCAUUGUAUGAACCUUGUCCGACUGUCAUUGUUAAUUGCUGAUCUGUAAGAUUUUACAUAGAAGGUUUGUGAUAGUGUAAUGAUCUAACUGAACAUGGAUGUCAAAAAGUGAGAUGUUUUGGUUUGUUUCAGCACAGUUUUGUCCUCGUAAUUACAUUUUCGGGCAUUAGCAUUUCUGAAAGCUUUCAUUUGGAGUUGGCAGAUAUUAUCAGAUCUUGGAAAUAAUAUUGCCUACAUAUUGAAAAAAUUUGUCCUAAUAGUAUGUAUAUAUAUCGGUAAUAUAAAUAUUUCUGAUAUUAAUUUUGUCUACCAGUUUUGUUUUUGCUGGAACAUUCUAGGAUACCGUAAUCUGUGUUAUGUUUUAUUUUCUUACAUAAAACUGUUGACCUGUGUACUUUUGAUGUUUUACUUUACUUGAAAAAGUAAACGAGACAUUUUGGAGGGAGUUAUGUAUGAAUAUCAUAAUCAUGGAAACUGAUUGUAAGCAUCAGUGAUUAGAAAGUGUUAUUGAAAUCACAAGUAAAAUGCUUACUUGUAUUGCUAAUGAUAAAGGUAAAAAAUUUAUAUACCUUACUAGUGCUGGAAACUAGAAGUUUGCUUUUCUUCAACAUAUUUUCAUUUUCAAUUUUCUUGUCUAUUCUGAAUGUUUAAAAUUAAGAACAAAUUGUGUUUAUGCUUGUUUAUUUCUUCCUAUUUUUUUAACCAGCAUUUGGCAAUUAUACGUUUAUUUUUUUUUCAGAGAAUCUUUACCUUUGAUAUGCAACUUAUUUAAGAUUUUUCUCAUUAUUAAACAGACAUUACUAUAUAAAACAGGAGAGACUGAUUAACAGAGAUGUUGAAAAUGUUUUAAUGGUAGUGGAACUGUAGGGAACAGAAAUAUGAAAGGAGUAAACAUUAGCCUCCAUCACAAGUUUUAUAUGAGAAGUUUCGGGAAUCAUGUAAAUCUCAUCUGAUGUAUUUAUGAAGGAAUGGACUUUUCAAAGCAUUUAACAUUAACUUUGUGUUUGACCCCUGAUAUUUUCUUUACAUAUAAUGCUUAAAAUAUUAUCUUCAGUAGAGGAUUGUUUGGCACCAUCAUGGUUAACAAGCAAUAGCAAUGAGCUGUCCAUUAUGUGGUCAACAAUUGACCUGCCUUGUAAACUAAGCUGAUGAAGAAAAGUGUAGAGGACAUGUGCUUCUAUAUUCAAGUCUCUUGUAAAUAUUUGCACAUGCAGUUGAUAUGUUUUCAUGUGAACAUCAAGUCUUGUUGAUGUUGAAGUACUUGUCCUGGUGUUUUGUAUAGCACUAUAUACAACAGUAAAUUCUAUUUAGACCAUGCUCUCUUCUUUAAAAGAUCAGAUGACUUUAAGACACUGGUAAAAGUUUAUCUUUUACAUGUAAGAGCAAUGUUUGGUGAAAUGAAAUGGUCAGGAGAAAAUGAUUCUUACUGAAAAAACAAGACACAACUUCAACAUGUCGAUGUAUUUGUGGACAAUGAAAGCCGUGUCAAUAACAUUGCUUUAAGUUAUACUAUUGUGUAUUCUAAUGCUUUUAUGGAUUCUUUCAUCAUUGAAAAAAUUAUGGAACCAGAAAAUUGGAGUUUUGAUAUUUUUGUCAAUUAAGCAACUAUGUUAUUGUUUGAAUGUCAAUAUAUACGAGCGUGAAAUAUAUUUUGUGUAUAUGUGUUGAUUGCCAUGGUUACUUAUAAGAAGUGUUGCAGGUUUUAAAAAAACUACAUGUAAGCAAGAGAAUAUGCAGUGAAACACGUUCAGGAUAAAUCUGAUGAGAUGAAAGGAAUCUUACUGAAGAUGAUUAGGAUAAUUCAUUGCUAAGCUGUUGACUAUGGCAGAACUCUCUGAAUUUUCAGUAAAUGUACUCAUGAUGAAUGUGUUUUUGUCAAUAUCUCUUGUAAUAGUAUAUAUAUUGGCAGGUGGUAUUUUACCUGUAAAUAGUUUCCAUUCAUGUGUAAGCAGAGUGAAAGGGUUAAGAAAUAAAUUUGCGUAUUUUC